AUGGUGUGCGCCUCUCCACCAUGGUGGAAGCUGGGGGUAUCGCUUAUGCUAUCUGGAAUGAUGCCAAAACCCCAAAAUGCAAGAAUUACUUCAGUUAAUCUUCGUAGCAUGUUACAGUGGGAUGCACCUAGGUUUCACCAAGGCAAUAUAAGUUACACUGUCCAAUCUAAGAGCAUUAAUUUCCCUGGAAACACAUAUCAAAAUGUGAGCACAAACUUGAGACUCACAGAGUGUGACAUCUCUUCUCUGUCUGCGUAUGGAGACUACAUUUUACAGGUGAGAGCGGAGUCAGGAAAUGACCAUUCCGACUGGGCGACCGUCAGAUUUAAGCCAAUGGAUGACACAGUCAUCGGGCCACCUGAUGUAAAAGUGAAGUCAGAGUCUGGGUCCCUGCACGUGGAUUUCAUAGGCCCUUUUGCUGAACAUGAACAUGACAAGUGGCCCCUAAAGCAAUAUUACGGCUCGUGGAAUUACAGAAUACUGUACUGGAAGAAAGGCAGCAAUAAAGAGGUAACGCACAUAGAUACUAAACAUAACUCUGAAAUAUUAUCUCAGUUGGAGCCGUGGACGGUAUAUUGUAUUCAAGUGCAAGCAGUUAUCCCCGAGUGGAACAAAACAGGGAAACUGAGCGGAGAGCUUUGUGAGCAGACAACCCACAACGGUGUAACUCCCGUGUGGGUAAUUGUGACCAUUCUUAUAGGAUCAAUGUUGGUCGUUGUAGUAUCUGUUCCUGUUUGUUUCUUUUCCUUUUUGUAUCUAUAUCGACUCACGAAGCAUGUUUUCUGCCCUUCGUAUAUUUUCCCACAACACUUGAAAGAGUUUUUGAGCAAGCCUCCCAGUGGUUCACAGUUUUUUUCUCCACUCGCACAAGAAGAGCAUCUUUUUUAUGACAAGCUAACUGUCAUUUCAGAAGAAUCCAAAAAUCACAGUGAUGAGACUGGCAGUGAGGCCAGCAAGACAACAGAGCAUCUUCAGGACUCUGAACAAGAAGAUUCUGAUUCAAGAAUAGUACCAGCUUCAGAAAAGGCCUAAGUGCACUCCUCAUACUUCACUC